AUGACCAAAGGAAAGGGCAGAGGGAGCACUGUGACGAAAGAAACAGGGAAAUCAAGCAAGAAUGAGAGGGGGAUUCAAGUUCAGAAACCAAUUGAAGAAGCAAUUAGAGAAGAGAUCCAACAAAAGAAGGAACAAGAUGAGACGACGAAGAAGGGUUCUGUGGGACGAGAUAAGGCGGAGUGUAGAGAGCCAGUUAAACCUAAAUGGAUACAGAGAAAUGCUGAUCAACAAGUGCAGGAUUUACAAGGGAAAACUGAGAUGGGGAUAAAGGAAAAAGCAGUAGAGAUGACAGAACCUUCUGGCGCUAAUAAAGGAAAAGGAAUAGGUGAAAUCACUGGUGGGAUACGGGUUGUUCAGAGAGACAAGAAGACUCAUGAAAACCAGGAAGCUGAGGGCUCAAAAGGAGAGUGUCGGGAGUGGAAUGAUACUGAGAAACUAGAGCAUUGUUGGGGUGAGGGGGGAAAAAGGAGAGGAUUUAAUAAUCCUCUGAAGCAUCAGGAAGUAGGAAAUAUAGUUAGGGGACACAAGAUUGGGAUUGCAGGAUUGGUUGAAACUAAACUUAGCUCUGAGAAGUGUCGAAUAAUGAUGAUAAGAUGGUGGAAGGACUAUGAAUGGAUAAAAAACGCAACACAACAACAGAAGGGACAGAUUAUGGUGAUGUGGAGGAGGGGAGAAUAUAAGGUGGAUGCUCUAGUGAUCAAGGAGCAGUUUAUUCACUGUAGGGUGGAAGAGAUUGCGGAGAAGAAGGAAUUUAUUAUGACAGUAAUUUAUGCGAAAAAUGUUCCAGGGGAUAGAUCAGAGUUGUGGUUGGACCUCAUUCAGCUAACAAAUACAAGUAAACCAUGGAUCCUGGGGGAUUUCAACUCCAUUCUGCAACAAGAUGAGAAACUUGGAGGGUUGCCAUUUAAAGCACAGGAAAUGGAAGAAUUUCAACAAAUGAUGGAUGGCUGUCAGGUGCAGGAGAUCAAAACACUUGGGAUUCAGUUUACUUGGUCAAACAAACAGCUGGGUGAUAAGAGGAUUUGUUGUAAAUUAGACAGGAUGAUGGGAUCAGAUGAAUGGAUGAUGGUGUUUAGUGAGGCUUAUGUGACAGCGUCAAGAGAAGGAAUCUCAGACCAUUGCCCUUUGGUCCUCCAAUGGGAUCAGAAGUCACCAAAUGGUAGGAGACCUUUUAAAUUUUUCAAUAUGUGGCUUGAAGGAAAGGAUUUUCAGAAAAUAGUGAAAGCAGUAUGGGAAAAGGAGAUUGAGGGUACAAAACAGUUUCAAUUGCUGGAAAUUAUUCAAACUGAAUUGCAGCAGAAGCCAUUGGAUCUUAGCCUGCAAGAAUCUGAAAAGGCAAUGGUGGAGGAGUAUGGGAGAUUGCUUACAAGGGAUCGUCUUCUCCAACUAGGGUUGAUGGUAGAGAACGCUAAUUGUCCUCUGUGUGAAGAUUCUUUGGAGACAGUGGAGCAUCUCUUUAUAAAGUGUCAAUUUGCAAAAGACUUGUGGCUGCAAAUUCGAUCCUGGAUUCAGUUUCCGGAGAACUGGCUAAAGGUUGAUGGAUCGAGAAGGCUGGCAUAUAGAUGGAAAGGCAAAAGUGUGAGGAAGAAAGUAGUUUUAACCACUAUUGCAGCAGGGUUUUAUCACAUCUGGAAGGCCAGGAAUCAAAAAAUUCAUGAAAAUGUGAGCCGGUCGGUGGAUGGUGCAGUUGUGGAUAUCAGAAAGGAGAUCAGAUGGAGGGUGAGAAGCAAAAUCCAUAAUCCUAAACCAAGUGAAGAAAGAAUUUUGAAGUCAUUGGAACUUUGGUAA